GAAGAGACAAGAGCCCAGGAGGCCGCGCCGAGGCCGAGCUGGGGUCCAGGCGCCGCUGCUAUGGACCUCCCGCAGCUUGACGGCAAGAUCGCCGCUCUGUCGCUCGGCGCCCUCCCCGUGUCCUAUGCGCUCAACCUCGUCUCGGCGCUCUCGCACCCCUUGGGGGUGGCAUUGAUGAGUGCCCUGAUCUUGUGUCUGCUUUUCGUGGCUAUCUACAACUUGUCCCCUGGCAACAUCUACUAUGACCCACUCUAUGCUGUAUUCACUAUCUUCGCCUUCACCUCAGUGGUGGACCUCCUUAUCGCUCUCCAGGAAGAUGGCUACAUGGUGGGCUUCAUGGAGUUCAUUACCACAGAGGGAGAGCCGUACUUGCGCACUGCCCACGGAGUCUUCGUCUGCUACUGGGAUGGCAUCGUUCACUACCUCCUCUACCUGGCCAUGGCUGGAGCCAUCCACAGAAGGAAGAGAUACCGGAACCUUGGACUCUAUUGGCUGGGAUCUUUCAUCAUGAGCAUCCUGGUAUUCCUCCCAGGAAACAUCCUUGGUAAAUACAGCUCAGAGAUCAGACCUGCCUUCUUCCUUGCCAUCCCCUAUAUGCUGGUCCCAUGCUGGGCUGGCAUGAGGGUCUUCAAACAGCCCCCGGCACCACCCAGCUGCCCCCCCCAUGUGGUACAGGAGGAACAAAGAAAGGGCCUCCUGCGACGCCCAGUUGACCUGGCCUUUGUCAUAUACCUCACCCUUGCUGGGUUCUUCACCCUCUUCCGGGGCCUGGUGGUGCUUGAGUGUCCCACAGAUACCUGCUUUACCUACAUCUAUCAGUAUGAGCCAUACCUACGGGACCCCGUGGCCUAUCCGAAGGUGCAGAUGCUGGUGUACAUGUUCUAUGUGCUGCCCUUCUACGGCCUGGCUGUCUAUGCCCUCAUCUUCCCCGGCUGCUCUUGGCUGCCUGACUGGGCCUUGGUGUUUGCUGGAGCUGUUGGCCAGGCACAGUUCUCCCACAUGGGGGCCUCCAUGCACCUGCGCACGCCCUUCACCUACCGUGUGCCUGAUGACGCCUGGGCCUGCUUCUUCGGGUACAACCUGCUGUAUGCACUGGGCCCCCACCUGCUGGCCUUCCGCUGCCUUUGGUGGCCCGCCUUCUUCCUGCGCUCUCCUCCUGGCCCCCCAGCUCACCACAAGAAGCAGCACUGAGAGGGCUGGGGACUCCCCAGAACUCUGUUCACAGGCCUAGUUGGCCCUGCUCAGGGAAGGGUGGGCUGGCGUGUUUACAGGCAGUAAGUACAUCUCCAGGUGUCUUUGGUUCCGGCCAUGGUGGUUUCAGGUCAACGGAUGGGAUGGGAGACCCAAGGGCCAAGUGUUCCGACAGAGAGGGCCAGAGACGCGCUCAGCUCUCAUGGUACCCCAGUCCCACACCGACACAUCCACUCCCUCCCAGAAUUUACCCUGUGGACCCUUUAGUAAAAAACCUUUUGAUGCCCAAAUAUUGCUGCUGCCUGAGUGUUUCAGGAUUCAGAGGUCAGGGACCUGCUUUGUAGACCCCACGUGGGCCUACCCAUCACUGUCAACAUGGCCAUCAGGAGCUGGAGAGGCUGGACAGCAGAAGUCUGCCUCUGGUUGGUGUGGACAGCUCUGUCUUCCAGAUGGGGAAAACUGAGGCUCAGAGAGGUCCAAAGACCUGUCUGAGUUCGCAGUCAGUAAGGAAGCACCUGAAACCCAAGCUCUGAUAAUAAAUUAUAAUAACUCA